AUGCACCUCUUACCAGGGAGCAGUUCGAUGAUCAGGUCAGAGAGCUUGGCGAAGAACGGUUCUCCAGCCUUAUAUCCGGGCGGUGUAGUCCAACCAAGUUCAACCCGGUGGCACGUUUACUUCUCAUGUGGAUGGGGAGAUGGUAAAUACCACGGGAUUUCGUACAGAACCCCCGAAUUCGGUUCUGUUUUAGCAGGUAUGAUGCGAGAUUUCCUAUCUGACACGCCUGAUUUGCACCAAAGCAACCUGUUUGCGGAACUGUUAUUUGCUAGGAAACAGACAAUAGCUCGUCUGACUGGUAUGAUAUGCUCAUACAAGCGAUGUGAGAAUUGUCCAGUCUGGCAAAGUCGUUGGCUUAUGAUGGCAACGGUGCCUUCAACGAACUUAUUAGACGGCUCCCCGGGUCUAGUUAAUACGCAAAAAUGA